AUGAAUGAUUAAUUAGCCAAAGCAUUACAAUUAAACGGGGUGUUAUAGAAACGUAGUCCAAGUCUUAUAAAAGGCUAUUAGAAACGUUACUUCUCUGUGAGAAAUGAAGGAUAGUAUCUUAUAUAUUGGAAGAAGAAGCCCCUUUCUUCUAAAGAUAAGCCCCAAGGUACUCGCAUGCAGGAAAUUAAGGUGUCCUUAGUUUGACUUCGAUAUCCACAGUUGCCAAUGUAAAGGGAUCCGAUACAGAAUUCAUAUUAGUGGUUGGGGACCGUUAGUUCUAAUUAAAAGCUGACACAGCCUCUCAACGUGAAUUUUGGGUUGAAAGUAUUUUGUAUUUGAAGGAAUAUCGUAAAUAAUUGGAAGGUGAUAAUGAUCCUAUUCAAUAAAAGGUUAAGUGGAAUGAAUUGGAUAAAGAAACAAUCACUAAAAUAAAAUUAGAAGUAGAAAAAGAUUAAUUAGAUAAAAUUUCUAUGAAAAUUGAUAUUAAAAAUGAUGAAGUCAUGAAAUGCAAAGGCAUUUAUCCAUAUCUCAUCAAAUUUGAUGCAAAAACAUAAGAUUAAUUCAUUAUUUGUGGAUUUCUAAUGAAAAAAGGCAAGAACACCAAAUUUACUAGAGCAAAGAAAAGAUGGUUCAUUAUGAUAUCAUCUGUUUGUAUAACAGGAUAAGAAACUGAUAAAUAAGGACCUUCUUAAGGAGAUAUUCCUGAUACUUUUUAGUUAGAUACUAUCUAUUAUUUUGCAUAUGAUGAGAGAGGUGAUAAAAGCAAUUUUAUUGGAAGAAUUCCUGUUUCUGAAUUAGAAAAUAUAGAAUAAAUAGAUAAAACCUCUGGAUAAUUACUUUAAUCACUACCUUAUGGAUUAAAAUUUGAAUAUAAUGAGAGAUAAUAUUAAUUCUUUUCAGAAUAACUUACUGAUAUUUAAAAAUGGAUUCUAGCGAUUCAAUGUGUCAAAAAAAAACCAAAGGUUGGAUUAAAAAAUUCAUAAUAAUUAGAAAAAAAAGAAGAAAUCAUUUUUGAAGGUCAACUUUAAAAAUAAUCCAACAAAAUAAUUAAAGGACCUUUAUCUUGGAUUAAUGUUAAUGUAUAGUUAAAAAAGAAUUCUCUUAGCUGGACUGCUAAGGAUGAUUCUUAAGGAAAUCAAUAUGUACUAUUAAUUUACAUCAAAUAAGUUAUUGGCAAGAGUAAAUCAUUCUAAGUAAUUAAUUAAUCAUUUUUUUAGAUUUUCACAAAUGAUGAUUAAGAAUUUAAAUUCAAAGCUUAAACACCUGAAUAAAAAGAUUAAUGGGUUAAGAUCAUAAAAGAAUAGGUGGAUGUAUUGAAAGGCAGCAUUUAAAAUUUAGAAGAAAUUUUAGAAUUGCCACCUGAAGAAGCAACCAAGAUUGAUUAUAAUGAAUAAAUCAAAGAUGAAGAUUUAUAUGAUUAGGAAACUAUAACUGAAAAAUUUUAUAAUAAAAUGACACUACAAAUAGAAAAAAGUAAAUAAGAAGAAAAACUUAAAAGUAAAUCGUUCUUCUCAAAACUCCUUUGUUGUUUUGGUGGUGGUGAAAGUGAAUAUGAAUAUGUCAAAGAUAGAGGAUUUUGA